GAGCUAUCUUUACCGUUGCGUUUUGGAAAGCUCUUUCGGUGGUGUUGUGUUAUGUAGCAACAUACACACUCCGAGCUGUUGGUGAGUGGCAGUGGUCAGUAGCUCCAGCGCUUCCAGGGAAGUUUCUGAACCAACUGAGGUCGUCAAGGUACACUCCAACUUGAAGGAAGGGGGCCUAGAUCACUCCUGGAAAUGUGCGAAGAAAGUGGCCUCGAAAGGAAGGAUGGCGGAGCGAAUGGACAGCAAUGCAGAUGAAAAUGGACAUAAUACGCGCGACACACUCCAGUUUGCUUUUUCGCGCUCGUAACGCCGCCUCGCGGUGUGUGCUGGAGGAGGCGCAAUUUUAACACCAACGCAACCUUUCGUCCAAGCUGUCGCCUCUAGUGCGCGCGCGUAAGUGGCGGUCGGGUGCGUGCCAAGGGGCCGUGUUGUCAUCAAGGCACCACCAACCGUGUGUGUGUGUGUGUGUGUGUACCAACCGUUGUACAGCCUCCCCAUUAGCUAUGCAUGUAUUCUGAAGCUUCGCGAUCAGCACGCAGUAGUGCCUCCGAUGUUCGAUCGGUCCAACGAAACCCGGGCGGCCAGGCGAGCGGUUUCUUCCUGCUCUCCAGCAGCAGUAACAGCAGCAGCAGCAGCCACAGCGAGCAGCGUGAGCGUGCCUUGCGAGCACGAGCGGAACCCGUAAUAUCUUCAUUUGUUUAGAAGCGGUGCUCGCGAGCGGUCGACUCUGUCUCCUCGGGUCUCCGGCACUACGCAGAGAGAUGUGAAUCUCCGCUGCAGGAGCCUGUCUACGGUGGCCUUUAGCUUCCUGCUGAUAAACCUGCGAUUGCCUAUCGUGUUCCGUGUGUCGUGCCGAGUGAUAACGAAGUAGUUUACCCAGUGGAACUGACCUAUCGAACAGCAAACAGCUCGUCGCCGCCUAGCGAGUGGAAGCAAUUGUUAUUUAAAUUAAUUAUCAUCUACUUUAACGAGCGGCGGCUGUGUGACGGUGGUGAUCUCAUGAAGCUAAACGACUUUUAAUUUCAACUCCGGACGCUCUCUCGCAGUCAGUCGCAGCUUCAAAGUGUUCAAACCGCUCGCUCAAACCGUUAAAUCAUUCUCAUCGAACUGGAACGAAGUUGAAUGAAAGUGUGUUUUGUUAGUGUUGUUAGCGAUCGUUCUCGGGCAGUGUUUGGUGGGUGGCGUCCGUGCUAAGUGGUGUGUCGUGCGGUUCGGUUGUUAUGAAUGAAUGAAUGAAACCAUCUUACGUAAAGGCCCCCCCGUGCUGUGUCAACGCCUCAGUGAUUGGAGUGGAGUAGUGGUGCUGUGAUAAAAAAAGGUUGUUGCAAGUGUGCUGAAAUUAAAGAAUAAUCGACCUAUUCUCCUUCGAACGGAAGUGACUGGCAUGACAGCGUGUGUGACUCAACGCAUCUCGGGGUAUACGAUAUGAUUCAAACCGGAGCAGGAACGAGCCGCGCUUUGGUUGCUAUGGGAAACUGUCACCGUUCGAGCGGGCUGUGACACGUUGCGUGCCUACAGAUCACAUGUGUGGUUGUUAAUCAUUGUGACAACGAAGGUUGCCGUGGAAUUCAUCCGAAUCACGGUGGCUCGCGGUAGUAGCAGCUUCUGGUGCGGUUCAGGAAAUUGGAAACUAUCAACAUCGGCGGUCAUUAUGGAACUGUUUAAGUUGGAGGUGGUAUGCAAGACUUCUCCAAGGAUGAUCUCGGAUUACUGAGCUCGAGCGUCGUCGUCAGCAGCGAUAAAGACCCGCUCGUCCAUACGCACCUGCAGCAGUCUCACGACCAUCCGUCCGUUCAUCAGACGCAUCGAGUGGAUGACAUUAAGCUAACGAACAUACCGGAUCUGCUCGAACCGGGCGAUGCUAACAAGUUGGAAGAGCCCGAGCGUGAUCUGUACCCGUGGCACACGGGCAGCAACAUAGGGAGUAGAUUUCUGCGCAGUUCCGAUGAUCCGUUGAUCUCCGGCGGUACCAACGACAAUCCGCACGAUAAUGAGCUUAGUGUGCCCACGGUCAGCCAGUCUAUGUGUCCGUCGCCCACCACGCCACCACCGCCGAAGCAUCGCCACCCGAGCGUCAUCCUCUCGCCGGAGCUGCCGGACGCGACCCUCUCGCCCUUGCCGACACCGCCCAAGGUGCUCGCGGACAGUCACACCCGCCCGCCAAAGGAGCUGCAGCCGAAGCGCACGAACAGUGCGCCCCGGGCGCGCCGCAAGGGACCGCUCAAGCUGCGGUUCCAUCACCAGGCCCUGCCCCAGGAGUAUCUGGACCACUAUGAGGCAACGCAAAACAGUCUGCAACGGAAGCAGGAACAGCAACACACCGCGAGUCAAUCGAAACCGUCGCGUCAGAAACCCGCCGCACCGCAACAGUCCGGACAGUCCGCAUCCCGGCGGGCAGUGAUGGAGCGUCAGGCAGCGCUGGAGCGGGAGGAGCGAACGAAUGAGUCGGUUCGCAGCUGGCUGCAGAAGAUACUGGAGCUGCAAAAGGAGGGCGUACCGAUGGCACCGCUCAAGGAUGAGCCCAUUCAGCCGGCGCAGAUAUCGCCCACUAGUGAAAGCAGCGUCGGGCAGAACGGAACCCCUCCGAAGCGCAUCGUAAGCUACACCGAUCUACCGUACAUGGGGGAAAUAACGCUGGAAAACUCGAAACCCAGGCGGGGACGGAAACCGAAAAAGGCUGACAUUUGCCAUCUGAUCUACAAGAACUACGGCACCAUUCUCCCGGGCACUCCCAGCCGAGAGCUCGGGCUGGAGAAAGGGAUGCUGCCGAAGGGAUGCUCCAAGUCGGUCGCUAGCCUCCUCGAGCGACGGCUCACGUCGUCCGAUGAGAGGAAGCAACCGGUGGGCGAAAACGCACAGCAGGCAGCAUUGGAGCAGCCCCCGGCCCGAGGACGGCGGAAGGAGGAACCGCUGAAUCUGUGCGUCCGUGAGUCGGGCGGUGGUGUGGUGCAGCCGGCCGGUGGAGAAACGUUCAGCGUUUCCAGCUCGGAGGAGGAUGCGGACGAAGUGUUUGCUUCCUCCUGCCCGACGCCCAUCAUCACGCCGUCGGACAUCAGUACCGAUCAAGCGCUGGCCGCCAACAUGAAGCUGUCCCUGCCAACGCUACAGUCAUCGUCGGGCAGCACUACGGAGACGCCAUCGACGGCGGAAACUCCACCCGGCUAUGUGUAUUGGUCGUCUGGCACGACCAACGGGAGUUUGUUUGCCCAUCCGAUGUCGCUUUACUCGCCCCAUCCGACUGGAGAAGGAGUUGGGAAGCUACCGGAAGAGCACGCGGCAAAAGAAAUGCGAUCGGUAGUUGCCUCAUCAAACGUAUCGUCUCCUCCGAUCUCUCCCAACGGGUUGAAAAACGCUCAGAACCACCCACUGCUAGUACCGAAGCACAUAUCGCAGCUGCUAAAGAACGAAAAGCAAUCGCCAUCGAACGCUACUGCUGGGGUUACUGGGCAACGAUCUCCGCCGGCACAGAAACGCAAACGUUCGGCCAUCUUCAUACCACCGGUGCCGGCCGAAAACAGUCACAAUCCGGCCACCGAGGUCAGCAUCUGUAAGUUCAAGUUCACGGGCGGCGCGAAACCUUGCCUGCAGGAGAAGAAAAUCCUGAGCGUCGACUCAGGCGGCAACUUCCGGUACUACUCCGGCACGGGCGACAAGUCGAUGCGCGGGUACGAGUUUUUCCCGCGCGAAAGCCUCCAGCAGAGCAGCAUCAACGCAACCAGCACGACCGGCGCCUUUCUGAACGCGUCCGGCGAACGGAUUGCCUGCGAUCUGCCGCCUCCCUCGCUGGGCCUAAGCAACGAUCUGUUGCAGAUACCGGAGUUUCCUACCUCACCGCAACCGUGCGGCGACCCGACGCCGCCUCCCGCGCCCGGCGGCCAGCCACCGUACCGGCCGAGUGCGGCCAACAGCGCCGGCAGUGCGUCCGAGCGACGGCGCCGGAAGACGCGCCGCGCCACGCAGCGCGAAUCGCUCGAGAAAACGUUCAAGGAGAAGGGCUUCCUCAUCCAGACGCAGCAGCUGCAAUCGGCCGAAGGUGCGACCUACUGUAAAUUUAGGCAAUUGCGCAAAUUCACCCGCUAUCUCUUCCGAAGCUGGAAGGACUAUCUGCCGGGCGAGCUGCAGCAGUCUGGGCAGGAGCAGCAGGAGCAGCAGCACCAACACGCGCAUCAGCUACAGGACGGAGAGCUCACUAGCAUGAUACUGCCAACGGUCAUUACCUCGGGGCCGCACGAUGAUCACACCAUCGACGAGGAAUCCUGCCUCACCUCUUCCACCAGCAGCGUACGCAUGGAAACGGUCGAGGGUGGCGAGCAUCAUCGGAGCACACCACCGGACAGGACUGUGCCAGCCAGCACCUACCACCGGCUGAGACGCAGCCGACGGAUUUCUUCGACGAGUGUCACUUCGCAGCACGUCCAUUCCGAAGCGCUAGUGAUCGAUACCACCACCGCCUACCGCCAUCGGCACGGGAGUCCGUCGUCUGUGGUCGAGUAAAAGUCGCUAAGAAUCGAACCGGUAUCACCCCAUCGUUAGGGUCGGUUUAACAUAUCAGCUGCGUUAUUGCUGCGAAUAACGUCUCAAGACCAAAGAAUAGUAGUAGGUUUAAAGAGCUCCCUUCUUUUUUGGGGUGGGUUAUUUAGUCCAUAAGUGUCAGCUUCGUUCAGUACUUGAGACCUGCUAUUUAAAUUGCUGCUUUACGUGUGCUCGCGCGCGCUUUCCCGUUUAAUUCACAUCGCACUGCCAAGCAAGUGCGUCGCUUGCCAUUUUCAAUUUGUACCAGCGAAUGCAAUCUAGUCUCUCUCGCACUCUAUCUUAUCGUCUGUUUUUUUCGAGAUAAUUUAAAAUAAAAAUACGAUCAUUUUUUCUAUCAACUAAUACCAGCAUACACUACAAGAAAGCAUUUUGUUGACUGUGGAGCUCCAUCAACGCGAGUGAGGGUGUUGUGUUGUUGAUGGGCGAGGUGCAACUGCUUAACUGAUGUUGUUAUUAAUUUUCGUAGUUGAAAUUUUUUUGUUUUUUCAGAUUAUUUGACCAAUAAUGUAUUGUUUUCUCGCUCUCGCGUAGUCCAGAUAAAAUUGCGUAAGGGGACGACCACGUCGGUUGAAGAGCUGAUGUAAUGGAAUUAAAAUGGAAUGAUAAAGAAUUAAUCGUACAAUA